CCACACAUGACGAUCGAGCUUGAAGAACCCCCACUCACCCAAGACAACAACCAAGUCUUCAAGGAUUUGCUUGGGGGUACCAUGGGAGGUAUUGCCCAAGUAUUGGUGGGCCAGCCGUUUGAUACCGUCAAGGUCAGAUUGCAAUCUGCUCCAGAGGGAACCUACAGCGGAGCCUUGGAUGUAAUCAAGCGAUUGUUGAAGAAUGAAGGUCCUCGUGGUUUCUAUAAAGGAACUUUGACUCCUCUAGUCGGGGUUGGUGCCUGUGUGUCCGUACAGUUCUCAGUUAACGAAUACAUGAAGAGAUAUUACGAUCAGAAAUUGCAAGGCCAACCUUUAUCACUUGCUCAGUUCUUCACUUGUGGUGCAGUUGCCGGUUUUGCCAAUGGGUUCUUGGCUUCUCCAAUAGAACAUAUUCGUAUCAGAUUGCAAACACAGACCGGCUCCGAGAAGUUGUUUAAUGGCCCUAUUGACUGUGCCAAAAAGCUCUACAAUGCAAAAGGUUUGGGCCACGGAAUCUACAGAGGAUUGGUUCCAAGUUUGUUUAGAGAAUCCGUAGGUUUGGGUAUCUACUUUGCUACCUAUGAAGCUCUUAUCGCACGCGAGUUGAAGAAGGACAAGUCCAUCGCUAGAAGCGAUAUCUCGUCGUUGAAGUUGUGUCUCUUCGGGGGUCUCUCAGGCUACACCUUAUGGAUCGCUAUUUACCCUGUAGAUGUCAUCAAGUCUAAAUUGCAGACAGACUCAUUGACAAAGCCAAACUUCACGGGUUCCAUAGACGUAGUCAGGAAGGUAUUUGCCUCUAGUGGAAUCAAGGGCUUCUACAGAGGUUUCAUUCCUACCAUUUUGAGAGCUGCCCCAGCCAACGGAGCUACUUUCGCAGUCUUUGAGAUCACCAUGAGGUUCUUGGGUUGAGUAGCACAACUCAUCUGACCCUUUACAUUAAUUUAUUAUAGACAUUUCAUCGAAUCUGCAUCCUAUCUGUAACAUACCAAUAUAUACACUAUUCGUU